CAUGUCGUCCCAUCUUCGAGUGCAACAGAAUGCCAGUAGACCAGAUUCAGUAUUCUGAAAAGUACAAUGAUGAUAGAUAUGAAUACAGGCAUGUAAUACUGCCAGUUGAUAUAGCCAGGCAUGUUCCAAAGACUCAUCUCAUGACAGAAACCGAAUGGAGAAAUUUAGGAGUUCAACAGAGUCCUGGAUGGGUUCAUUAUAUGAUGCAUGGACCAGAACCACAUGUUCUAUUAUUUCGCAGAAUGAGACCUGAUCUUGUGACAGCACCUAGAUGUACCACUUUACAAGGAGAACCUAUUACUUGUUAUAAUUGAAUCUGAUGUGAUAAUCUAA